UUGUUAAACGUUAAACAAUAAGUGUAAUUAGACAGUAAAUAACUCGAGUAAACACUAUGAUAUGUUCUUAAUAUGUUAAAGAACAGGGAUCAGAACCUGAAGGUUUGAAUUUCCAGGUUACAUCAGGUGAAAAGAGACCCACAUGAAUAGUGAAGUGUGAAGGCCAGUUAUGGUAUGGCUCCAUGGGCAGUGAUGUUUUCAAUGGGCGGAGCUAGUUUCAUUGUGAGGAGUGAGGUGGGAGAAUGAAAGGCCCACAGCUCAGCCUAGAGACAAAAGGGUGCCAAAGCAAAGUGCUGACGACAGCCCAGGUCCACAAGCCACGGAACCCCAUUCACCUCAGUCCUGUAUAAAUAGACCCACACACGCCUGGCCAGGAGACCACUUGGUGGGAAUUCCCCCCAGCGCACACAGCUCUUUCCUUGGGGUCAAUUAGUGCUGAGAUAUAAGACAUGGCUUCGACAACCCAGAUGAACAUGCCCAUGGGACCAUGGAAGAUCACCGUUUAUGACCAGGAGUGGUACCAGGGAAGAUGGUGGGAGUUCACUUCUUGCUGCAAGAAUGUCAUGGAGUACGGCCUGGAGAACAUCCGCUCCCUGAAGGUGGAAUGUGGAGCCUGGGUGGGUUAUGAGCAUUCCAGCUACAAUGGCCAACAGUUUGUCCUGGAGAAGGGAGACUACCCUUGCUUUGAGGCCUACAUGGGAAGCCAUGGCUAUCGUGUUGAGAGGAUGAUGUCUUUCCGCCCCAUCUAUUCCGCUAACCACAAGGAGAGCCGCAUGUGUGUGUGGGAGUGCGAGAACAUGAUGGGCAGACAGUGGGACCUGUGUGAUGACUACCCCUCCCUGCAGGGUAUGGGCUGGCACAACAACGAGAUUGGCUCCAUGCAGGUCCAGUGUGGCGCCUGGGUGUGCUACCAGUACCCCGGUUAUCGUGGCUACCAGUACAUCAUGGAGUGUGACUGCCACGGAGGCGAGUACAGACACUACAGGGAGUACGGAACCCACUCCCACACCCCCCAGAUCCAGUCCAUCCGUAGGAUCCAGCACUGAGCAGAACCGUCUGUGUCCUUCCACCCUCCACUGCCCUUCUCCGCCUCCAAUCCCUCCACCCCUCCGUAGCCAGCCCUGCAGGACGGGCUCAGGCCCCAGAACUGUUGGCUGACCAACUGGUGCUACAUCAAUGUAACAUGUCCACAGCACUUUUUAACCCACCACCUGAGGAAAGAAGAAAGACAGAACUACAAACAGAGAGAACGACAGGCCGAGAGUGAAAUUUGGCAAGUGAAAAUCCCGGAAGGUUUGGUGUUGUAGUCUACUGGCUGUCGACCCACGAGACACCUGGGCCGUUGCUCUUCUUUCAUUGCGACCAUCAUUGUCAUGGUCAACUUCUGUACAAGACUUGACAAAUAAAAAAACAAGCAAAACAGCUAAAAAAAGAAAUAUUGAUUUCAGUCGA